AGUGCUGAUUUAUUUUUAGUGAGAUAAAAUGGCAGAAAAUCCAAGGAAACUUUCAGAACAAUCCAGAUCUACAGAAUUAGAAACAGAAGUGGGAAUGUCAUUUGAUUUUGACAAAGAAUUGAGAUUGCGUACCUUAAAAGAUCGGCAGAAUGAUGAGAGGCAGAGGAAACUGGAAGAAAUCAAGGCACAAGCUCUUGCUGCACAAGUUUUCAAAGAACAAAAAGAACAAGAACGACGCAAAAGAUUAGAUGAUUUAAAAUGCAGGGAUGACGAAAGACGUCUACAAGUCGAAGAGCGUAAAAAGCAAAUACAAGAAGCAGAAAGAGAUAGAUUAGAAUUUAUACUUAGACGAAACCAAGAACGAGAACAUAGAUUCGAGUCCAGGAGACGCAAUGAAAGAAGUAAUGCAGUAUUCGCCUUCGGUUCUUCUACCCCUCGAAUGCUGGAUCCAAAUGAUGUUACCGCUUCAUAUUGGAAUACGCGAAGGGCCACUUCCAUCCAGAAUAUAGUAACUUCUACAAACCCGUCAAUGCUUACUCGACGACAAUCUGAACGAGAAUUAGAUGCUGGUACCAAAAAACGUGCUACCUCUGCAACUGGCUUAGAGAGAACCGGUGAAAAAAGCAAAGGAACAAGAACUAGGAAUCUGGAUAAAUACGCCUCAAUGUCAAGAUCUGUAGGUAAUGCACCAGUUAUACCAGCCGGUUGUGUAAGCGGUUACACAGGACGAAGGCGCACUGAUUUAGUUCCCACCAUUCCAGCAAAAGAUUUUAUCAGUUCUUCCCGUAAAUCCCUAAACCAAUCACCAGGUAGGGCUUAUUCAAUGACGCGCUUAGACCAGCUUGCCAAACCACGCAAGAGGCACGAUCUAAAAUCUUUGACCGAAACCAACUCAUUUCGUCCUUUAUCCUCUUCUUAUCACUCCUCUGUCACCCGUAGCAUGAGCCACUUAGCUGUAAGUAAGUCGGGACCGUCACCAACACGAAGAGAGUUGAACAAGGCGGACAGUCGCAGCAUGCAACAACUGACUGAGAAGUCUAUUAGCUUGCCUCGCACAACUCGUACGUCCCAAUUAAGGGAGCAGAAACUGAUCACAUCCUCCAAUUGCAGUGAGGCAUCAUCUCGACCAAGUAGUUCCCUCAGUCAACAAAGCACAACCAGUUUGGCCAGUUCGGCGAGUGUCAGACACCGUUUGACAACAGCUCCGAGAAAGCCAAGACCAGUGAGUAUUGCCGGGACUGGAAUUUCAAGUGAUGCAAAAGGCGAUAAUAAACCACCACUUCCGAAGACGAAAAAACUUAUUGCGAAACCGACAACCAGCGAAAAUGUUGUGCUUAAAAGCAAAACAAAGACACGAGUAGAUAGUUCUUCUAAUAACACAACUAAAGUAAAUAAAUCUGAAAAACCUCAAGUAGCACCAAAGCCAGAAACCCAUGUCCUAACCGAACCUAAGUUAGUAACAGGAGAUAUCGAAUCGAAUGUCCAUGUGCCUCAAACUACCAAGAGUGAUUUGGAAUCUCCGCAAGUUAAAAAAUUAGAAAAAGCUAAUGACAAAACAGAACCAAUUCUGGUUGAUUUAGAAGACAAAAAGGAAGUAAUAGAGAAAGAGAAAAAGGAUGUAAUGGAGAUAGAGAAAAAGGAUGUGAUAGAGAAAGAGAAAAGGGAUGUAAUAGAGAAAGACAAAAAUGAUGUAAUAGAGAAAGACAAAAAGGAUGUAAUAGAGACAGUAAAGACAUGUGAAACUGAAACGAGUGAUACAAAUGUAACAGAGAUACAAAAGUCUGAGCAGGUGCAGCUUAGCGUUGAUGAAUCACAUACAUCACAAGAAGUCGAAAUUAGUUCUGUAGACGAGAAAUCAGAACCUGUUUUACAAGAGAAGCCAGUAGAACCUAAGAAGCCAGAAUCCACGUCCGAGGCUCAAACAGUUGUAGAUAGUAAUACUAUCGAAAAUAUCGAGAACGAAAUGACGACUUCCAUGACGAAGGUUCGUAUUAAUACAGAGGAGGAAGCUAAAGCUGCGCUUGCAGAAAGACGAAGACUGAUUAGAGAGGAAGCUGAGAGACAAGCCGAGUUAGAGAGAUUACGGAUUGAGGCAGAAGCCAAAGCAGAAAUAGAAAGACAACAGAGGGAAGAGGAACAAAUAAGGGAAUUAAUAGAGUUACAGAGACACACGGAACAAGAAAGAUUGCAAGAGGCCAUUAAGGAGACUCAAAGACGCGAGGAAGAAGAAAGGCUUAAGAAGGAAGAAGAACUGAGAUUAAAGUUAUUAAAAGAAGAAGCCGAGAAAAAAGCUAAAGAAGACGCCGAAAGACAAAAGGCUGAAUUAAAAGAAAGACUCAAAAAUGAGGAAAAAGAGAGAGAAGCUCGCAGAAAGAGAGUCGAAGCCAUUAUGUCAAGAACAAGGGGGAAGAACGCUACCCCACAGAGCGCUGACGAAAAUAAAUCUGAUGAUAUAAAAGGUGAAGUAGAAGAUAAAAUUAAUGGUACAAAGAUAGAAGAACAAGAAAAUGGCACAACUAAGCUUUCGAAAGAUGUCGUUAAUAAUGUGAUUCCCAGCGACCUCAUUAAGAACGCAAUUACAAUAGAAUCAAUGGACAGCAAUGAUUCCAUAAACUCUAACAAUACGUGGCGAGAUAACCAACAGUACGGUAAUUUUGUGUGUAAUAACAAUAGUUAAAGAAACAAACAUCUGUAUUUUUCAGAUUCAUUAAUGCAAGAGACUAAUACUAUUAGAUUACAAUAGAUAAAUAUGUAUGUGUGUGUAUAUGAUGCACACAUGUAGUAAUAACUGUAUUGAUUUAUUCAUAAAAAUACCCAUUUAACUUAUUUUAUUGUUGAUAUUUGUGUUCACUUUCAGUUUGUAUUCAUAAAUUAUUAUUUUACGUAAUGUUAUCCCAAAUACGAGUUGACCCAAAUAAUUAUUUGUUGAUUUCGAAUCUAGAUAUUUUGAUAGCAAUACUCAACAUAAUUUUGUCAGUAAUUCUUUUGGUUCAACAAAUGCGUAUCAUACAAUUAAUCAUAUUAAUCUGUUGGGUCGUGGAAUUUAUUAUCUCUUCUAUAUAAUGUUGUAUUAUAUGGAUUUAAAAAUGCCAUUUUACGGUGUUUUUAUCUACAGCUUUAAGUCUAGCAGAAGUGAAGGAUAAAUAUCAAAUAUUUCAGAUUUUAAACAUAUCUAAAUCUUGUUUAUAGAAUCAUAUCAUUCGAGCCGGACCUAUUGCUUAUAUCGACACUGAUUAUGACUUUUAUGAAAUAGAUCAAUAUAAAACUCUAGACCAACAAAACCACCGAUCUGAUAACAUUAGCUUGUAUCAGAAGUGACGAUAGAAAGUUAUUAGCUUACUUUUUUUAUUAGUCCAGUCCAUGAUUCCCGGCCCAACCUGACAAUCGGAUAAUUUUUAUAGAAAGAUUUAUCUUCGGCCUCAAAAUAUGAAUCAGUUUUCGUAAUUUCUUGACUUCUUGAUUUAAUUAAAGUCUAUUUCUCCACGUUUGCUAAAAGCCAUUAGUAGCAUUUUCUGUAUUUUUGUCUUCUUUACAGCCAACUACACGGUGUAUUGUCUUGGUGAAAGACCACUGUGUUCUUCAUUUGUAACAAUUUCCUCCUUUAAAUAUAUUCUUUUCCCAUCAGGAAGUAACGCUAUAUCAACAGAAUUUUUGUUGGUUUGAAAAAUUCAAGUAGCAUCACUUGAACCACUGGAACUUUAAACUAAUGAUCCGAUUGAGCUCAAAUUUUGACGAGUUACAAGUGAUAUUUGUUGUUAGUGGCACCAUACCCGGGACUUAUUUUAUAUGUGAUGACUACUUGUCUUUAAACCCUAUGUUAACCUUUCGUUAACAUCAGUAAAGAACAUUUAAAUAACACUUAUUCCAUAUCUUUAACGUUUUUUUACAUCCUAAUUCUGAUUUGUAAUGAUAAUUCGUCCGUUUUUAAGUCAUUUAAGUCGCAUUUAGAUAAGCUAAAUGUCCCACAGAGCCUAAAGAAUUAUAAAAACACAUUGUAGUUGGUAGUUGUAAAGUAUUCUAUAAUCUGAACAGACGGGUACGUACUGUACGGUGCAAGCUAAUUAUUUAACAAGUAAAUUUGGGUCAUCUAGCAUCUUGUUGAAUUAUUUGAUAGUUAAUUGAAAAACGUUAAAUGAUGGUUCAGAAUUGGUGUAAUAACCACAUCAGGUUAUGUAGGUUUGUUUACUGAUAUGGUAUAGUAUUUUUACCUUUUUUCUUAUAAACUUCGUAAAAAAUAUUUGCAUAUGCGAGACAAAUGCUAUAUUUUAAUGUUAUUCGAUGAAGGAACAUAUACGUGAAAAUACUAUACAAUAUCAAUUUUUUGUAAAUUUUGUUUUGUUUCACUUAUGUUUAUACAAUAUGUUGAUAAUUGUUAGAUAAACGUGUACACAUCCUAUC